AUGUCCGAGAAGGUCGGUGUCGUGCGCUCCACCAGUUUGGAGAAGGACAGAGUCUCGGUAGAAGAGAACGUCGGCGGGCCCCCGAAACAGCUGGCAUAUGGCGGAGACGACAAGUUGCCCCCGCCCCCCACGCUCACUGCGGAAGAGGAGAAGAGACUCUGGCGCAAGAUCGACAUGCGCAUCUUGCCGAUCCUGACGCUCAUGUAUCUAUGCUCAUUCUUGGACCGAGGGAACAUCGGGAACGCGAAGCUGCAAGGUUUAACGACACAGUUGAAUCUAACCGGUGACAAGUACAACAUUGCUUUAACCAUGUAUUUCAUUCCUUACUGUAUCUUUGAAUGUCCGGCAAACUUCUUGUUGAAGAAGUUCAGGCCAUCGCGGUGGCUUCCAGGGAUAACGCUUUUGUGGGGCGUCAUUAUGACGCUCAUGGGGCUUGUAAAGAACUAUCCGCAACUCGUCGGAACCCGUGUCUUGUUGGGCGUGGCGGAAGCGGGCCUGUUCCCUGGCGUGGUAUACUAUCUCUCCCUUUGGUAUCCGCGGCACAAACUCCAAUACCGGAUCGGACUUUUCUACGGUGGAGCGAGUCUGGCUGGCGCCUUCUCUGGGCUGCUGGCUUUCGCUAUCUCGUUCAUGUCCGGCACUGCUGGCCUUCUGGGAUGGUCAUGGAUCUUCAUUCUUGAAGGCAUCCUUACGGUCAUCGUUGGAUUCGUGGCUUUCUUCGUUCUCGUCGACUUCCCUCACACGGCUACUUUCUUGACUUUGGAGGAGCGGGCGUGGGUUGUUCAUCGGAAGAAAUACGACAACUCGUCUGUCGGCGAAGAGGAGCAUUUCGAGUACAGGCAUAUUCGGGAAACCUUACUCGACUGGCAAAUCUGGUUGCACAUUCUCCUCUACAUGUCCAUCGUGGCGCCAGGCAAGUUAUACGGAAUCUCCCUGUUUUUGCCUUUCGGAUUCAGCACUGCAAUCUCUCAGCUGUUGACCGUCCCGGCCUACCUUCUUGCAACAAUCGGCGUUAUCACCUGCGCGUACUGGUCCGACAAACUCCAAAUUCGUUGGCCUUUCGUGCUCGCAGGACUCAUCACAUGCAUGGUCGGCUUCGGGAUCAACGUCGCCAAUGUGCCAAUCGGAGUCAAGUACUUUGGGACUUUCCUUUGUGUUAUCGGCGGUUAUUCCUCAUUCCCUGGCAUCGUCGCUUGGCUCGGGAAUAAUCUCGCGGGGCACUAUAAGCGUGGGCUCGGCAUGGCCCUGCACAUCGGGAUUGGCAACUUCUCGGGGGCAAUUGCAAGCAAUGUAUAUCGCAGCGGAGACGCUCCCCGGUACAUUCUUGGCCACAGCCUCGAGAUGAUGUUCGUGGCCAUCGGACUGAUCACCCUGCCCAUCAUCGUCAUCUCGUACAAACGCAUCAACGCCCAACGUGACGCCGCCAUGAAAGAGGCCGAUGAACGUGGUAUCAAGUAUUCUCCAGAAGAGCUACGCAGGCUCGGAGAUCGUGCGCCGGACUUCCGGUACACGAUUUAA